AUGAACAGUGACACGCUUGACGAUCCUGACUUCGACGCGCCCAGAAAGAAAAGAAAGCGCGUGUCAGCCUCGAACAAGUCCUCUCCGAAGAAGUCCCGGUCAAGCGUACAGUCUCCUACUAAGAAAAAACGCGUGCCUAAUAGUGAUGAAGAAGAGGAACUUGACGAAGGGCAGGAAGUUGUUGGCACAGUUGUGGAAGCACCGAAGACUGGCCGUGUACCACCCGGGCAAAUCUCUAAGAACACCCUCAACUUUCUGAAGCAAUUGCAAGACCCGGAAUGUAAUGACAGGACAUGGUUCAAACUGCAUGGUAACCCUCGUAUAUUUAUCAACUCCAUCUCUACAGAGCCUGUAUAUCGCCUAGCCGAGAAAGAAUGGAAAGACUUUAUAGACGAGCUUACUCCAUUGUUAACGGAAGCAGACCCACAGAUACCAGUACUUCCGCCGAAUGAUGUCGUUCAUCGAAUUUAUAGAGAUAUCCGAUUUAGCAACGACAAAACACCGUACAAGACCAACCUUUCCGCGAGCUUCUCAAGAAGUGGCCGGAAAGGCAUAUUUGCCGGCUUUAAAUCUGGCGGAAGCUUCAUCGCUGCUGGAACUUGGUGUCCGGGGAAGAAUGAAAUACAGACCAUCAGGAAUAAUAUUUUACGAUCGUCACGUCGCCUUCGCCAAGUAAUUUCAGCGCCCGACUUUGUCGAACUUUACGGAGAUCCGAAACCUCGACCAAAAGGCGGACGCAGCAACAUCUUUGGAUUUGAGGAUGAGCUGAAGACUGCGCCGAAAGGUGUCGAUAAGUCACAUAAGGAUAUCGACUUACUGAAGUGCCGAUCGUUUGCUGUCUCGCACAAGUUUACCGACAAGGAAGUCCUUGAUCCGAACUUCAAAGAACAAGUGAAAAGGAUCGCUGCAGUAACUCGACCAUUCGUUCACUGCCUGAACGAUAUGAUGACAAUCGCUCCUGGUGAUGAUGAAUCCGGAAUGGAAUCGGGAAAUGAGCAAGACGAUUAG